GGAAAAAGGGAGAGAGAAAAAGGGAGAGGAAGACAGAUACAAAGUUUGAGUCACUGAUGCUGCUGUACAAACAGAUCCUGAAAAGAUGAAUAACACAAUUUCCUUUAACUCCACUGAGUCCCUGCUGAGCAAUUUCUCCUGCCCCCCCUCCCCGACCUCACUCCCCGCCGCCGAGCGGGACCCGAUGCCCACCAUCAUCGUGGUGCUCUGCCUCUUCGUGCUCUUCGCCAGCUGCGCGGCCUUCCUGGCCACCUGCAUGCCGUCCGCGCAGUCGGGGGACGCCGAGGCGGGGAGCGGCCCUGGCGCCUCCCUGCCCUGCAGCCCCGCCCUGUCCAGCGAGCCCCAGCUGCGGCUGUGGAAGAGGCUGGGCUCGGUGCGCCGCUCCCUCACCUCCUCCUUCAGACGCCCGCCCCCCCGCCGGCCCGACCUGGCCGCCUCCCCCAGCCCCCUCCCGCCGCACCUCACCAUGCCGUGCCUCUUCGACCACGCCACAGAGAUCUGACCACAGCCCAGCGCCAACGGCCAGGAGUGUGGCCACGCCCUGAGACAACAGCCCGUGGAGAUCAGUGACCAGAGGUCUGCCUUCACAACCAAACAUGCCCCUGGGAUUUUAACCACACUCUGCAUCCUAGAAGUACAGCUGUAUUACUAAUAAUGACUGCACCCUUUCACCAGCCUCUUCUCCUGGCUGACAGGCCAUACAGACUCAUCCCCAAUCCCCAAGUGAAUCACAUCUGUUGGUACAUCUUCGCCCCAUGGUCCUUCGUUGGACACCAUUAGAUUUCCUGCUCAUCAAACUAGAUUUGGGCAGCUGAGCAUGCUGGGAGAGGAUACUGGAGAAUUCCAUGGCUGGAGGUAUAUCUCCAAAACACUACUUCGUUUGCCCUGAAAGCACGAAUUUCCAAAUACGCUCCAAAUAUGAACACAAAUUUGAACCCUGAGAGUUUGAUGCAUGACGGAGGUGCUGAUGGAAGAUGAAGUCUAGAGCUAGUUAAGACUUCAUCUCCCAACAGCUAUGUGGUGAAAUGUGAAUCGUUUGGUCCGCUGACCUAACCCCAUCUGCCCUCUCCGUACCUGUUUUCCGGCACAAACCCAGUCAAAUGGAGAGACACUGAUGAAGCUUGUGUGAAGGACCACUGCCCAGGGAAGAUAGCGCACGGCAGGCUAAGAUAAGGACACCAUUUUGUAUUCCUUUCACUCUGGCCAAACGGGAUUUUAGUCAGUCUGUGGCUGAGAUACACCAGAGGUUUCCACGUUAUCUCCAUCCUUAGAUCUUUAAUGUCUCUUUGGAGUAAAUGGUCAAAAUCUUGAUUGCUCAGAAUUCCGGCACUGGAUAUUCUCUCCGCCCAUGCACCUUUGCUCUGUUACGGUGCCAGUUCUGUCUCAGGGCCUGAGGGCAAUGGGACAGGCUGGCAUCAGCUCACCACGCUCCUGCUCAUGCCCCCCUCAGCUGUCUGCCACUCUGCCAGGAAGCGAAGCCCACACAGCCCAGUAUCGGCAUUGUUCCGAAAAGCAGUGAUGUCAUCAAUGAUUGAUCUUGUCUGCACACAGGUCGGGUAAUCUGCCUGCUGUGCUGUCUGUCUGCUGUGAAUAAUUGUGCGUCACAUUCUCCAUCAUGUUUGAUAGUUCUUUCUCUCCGACUUUCUUUUGCAUACACACAUGCACACUGGCACAGACUACAGUGUCACCACAUCACCGCUCACACACGCAUACACUGCUUUAUACCCUUCAUGACCCUGUAGCAUGUUGUCCCUUUAACCACAACCACUCCCUCUUUGUUUAUG